AUGACGCCCACCGUGCCGCCAGGUGUUAAGGGCAGAAGAAAGAUGCCAAACUCUAGAGGACAUCCAAAGUAUGUUGGGGUGAGGCAGCGGCCCUCAGGGCGCUGGGUGGCCGAGAUCAAGGACACGAUGCAGAAGGUUCGGUUAUGGCUUGGGACUUUUGACACGGCUGAGGACGCUGCACGGGCGUAUGACCAAGCUGCACGAACGUUGCGUGGGGCGAACGCGCGUACCAACUUUGAACUUCCGGAUAGUGAUAGUGUUUGUGGUUUGUCUGAGAACGCUGAGCCGUUUUCGUUUGAGGAAGCGUGUGGUUCGGGGGGUGAUGAGGGUGGGCUUCUUGGUGCACUCAAGGCUAAGUUGUAUACAAAGAAUGGUUCAAACCAUGCCAAAGUGGCUAACACCUUGUUGCAACCAGUUUGUUUAACCAAUAUAAAAAAGAGGAAAACGCCACCCUGUGAUCAACCAGCGAUUGUUCAUGACCCCAUAAGUACUCAGCGCGUGCAGGCUGAUCAGGAUCAACUUCAUCAAGUCCAGCACCAUCAUGUUCCUGAUGCCAAUGAGCUUGCAAACUGCCCUAACCGCUAUGACGAGUUGCAGUGGUGCUACAAGCCGCUACCGCCGGCAACUGAGCCGUGGCCUACGGAAAUUCCAUGGCUGGAGACUUCAAACGCGAACAACCAAGUCAUGAAUCCUUCAAGCAGCUUGUGUGACACAGGUCUUUUGGAUUCCAUGUGGCCGGAGGCUAAUCAAGCAACGACUAGCCAGUUAACAGGAACAGGGGGGUGGCCGUUGGGUCCACAACUAGUGCAGCAUGACUACGGGUGGGAUGGUGGUGGCACGGUUCAGUCUGCUAAUAGUGUUGCAGCCAAUGCUUCGAAUUGGGACCCUUUUGUUUAUUGA